AUGUGCGCCAAUUUCUCCAUUCCUGGCGUCACUCCUGAGCACGUCAGACUAUAUUUGUUCCCUUACACCUUGAAGGACGAGGCGAAGAGAUGGGCAUACUCAUUGGAGCCCAAUGAAAUCACUUCAUGGGGACAGUUAGUUGAAAGGUUCAUGAAAAAGUUCUUCCCACCAACCGUCAAUGCAAAGAGAUGGAAGGAUGUGCUGAACUUCGAGCAGAAAGAGAACAAGACCCUGAGCACCGCCUGGCCUGAAUCGGCUAUUGCUGAUGCCUCUGCUGCAGAAGGAUUCAUGGAUAAAACCUACACUGAAGCAAAGGUCAUCCUUGACCGCAUCUCACAGAAUAUGAAUGACUGGAUCGACGAUAGAUAUGGAAGAAGGGGAAGCAAUCAGAGGAAGAAUGAGACAGUCAUUGUCCUUGCGGAGACAGUGACUGCAUUGGCUGCCCAAAUGGCCACAAUAACUUCCAUCCUCCAAAACAUGGCCAUGAAUCAGGGAGUCAUUCCCCCACAAUCAGCGCAACUCGUUGUACAGGCUCAAGUGGCCGUAAUUGGUUGCGUGAAUUGCGGUGGAGUUCAUGGGGCUGACUGUUGCCCAUUAUACCUGCAGCAAGUUUGCGCUAUCCAAGGAAAUUCCUUCAGCAACACCUACAACCCAGGUUGGAGGAGUCAUCCCAAUUUUGGCUGGGGUGGCAAUCCUAACCAAGGGGGGCCUAUGUACCAUAAGAGCGGGAAUAGAGGCAAUUUCAACCAGUAUCAAGGGCAGUCGAGAAUCCAGAACCAACAACCCUCAAAAUCUACAUCCAACACCUCGGGAGAAUCCUUAGAGUCACUGCUCAAGCAAUAUAUGGACAAGAAUGAUGCGGUGAUGCAAGCUCAAGUAUCCUCAAUAAGAAAUCUAGAAAUCCAGGUGCACCAGCUGGCGUCUGAACAUCGAAAUCGUGCACCGGGAACACUGCCAAGCAACUCAGAAGACCCUGGAUCAAAUGGAAAAGAGUAA